GCAGGGUGUGAGGCGGGCGCGGGCUGAGAACCCCCGGAACCCUACGCCCGGAGCAGCUGGGAUCUGGGGCGCUGCCGUCUGGGGCCCGCAGCAGAGAAUAAAUAUGGCAGAGCUUUCUGAGACAGAAGGACCAGUAGACUGGAAGGAAAGAUGUGUAGCCCUGGAGUCCCAGCUCAUGAAAUUUAGAGUUCAAGCAAGCAAGAUUAGAGAGCUCUUAGCAGAGAAGAUGCAACAGCUUGAGCGACAAGUUAUUGAUGCUGAACGUCAAGCAGAGAAAGCUUUUCAACAGGUACAAGUUAUGGAAGAGAAAUUAAAAGCGGCUAAUAUCCAAACCAGUGAAUCAGAGAUGAGGUUGUAUAAAAAGUGUCAAGAUCUGGAGACUCUCAUACAGGAAAAAGAUGACAUAAUUCAAAACUUGGAGCUGCAACUUGAAGAGCAGAAACAAAUAAGAGUACAAGAAGCUAAAAUAAUAGAAGAGAAAGCAGCUAAGAUCAAAGAAUGGGUGACAACUAAGUUAAAUGAGCUGGAAUUGGAGAAAAAGAAUCUUCGUUUGAUCAACCAAAAGCAAACUGAAGAGAUAAGAACAAUGCAGACAAAACUACAAGAGGCUCAAGGGAAGAAGCCCUCGGCUGCCUCCACACUGAAGCUUUCGGAAGGCCAGCGCCUGAGCAGCCUGACCUUUGGGUGCUUUUCAUCCCGAGCAAGGAGUCCUCCUCAAGUAGUAAAAUCUGAGGAAAUGAGCAAGAUAUCAUCUAAAGAACUUGAGUUCACUGAAGGAAAAGAUAUAGAAGAAAUGGAAAUUCCAGAAAAGUCUGCCGAUAAUCCAAUUCAAGAAAACAACCGAGGUCAGAGAAUGUUGCCUCAAAACCCAGGUGUUUCAGAACAGAAUCGGAAUGGGAGAACAAGUUUCCUAACAGACGGUGGGAUAUCCCAGAAUUCUGGGGCUCCAGCAAGUGACUGGAGUUCCGAUGAGGAAGAUGGGGCCAAAGGAAGAGCCAAGUCCAGGUACACAUCCACCCUCUCCAGUCACACAUCGGAGGAAGGGGUCCAGGACAGCCGAAUGGGCAGUGAGACAUACCUGACUGCAUCUGAUGACAGCAGCUCUAUAUUUGAAGAAGAGACUUUUGGCAUCAAGAAGCCAGAACACAAGAAGCUGUAUUCCUGGCAGCAGGAGGCACAAUGGAAAGCUCAUAAUAGUUCUCUCGCAAAGGGAAAUUCAGAAUCAAGUCAAAAAGAGCAUGAUAGUUCCUCAGAUGAACUGAAUAAAAAGUUUCAGUCUCAGAGACUGGAUUAUUCAUCUUCAUCAAGUGAGGCCAAUACCCCAAGCCCUAUUUUAACCCCAGCUUUGAUGCCAAAGCACCCCAACUCUUUCCCUGGAAAAGGAACGGCUUUGGGGCCUUCAUCAAACUUGCCGCCCCCAAAGUUACGAAUUCCAAAUGUUUUCAGCAUAAGUGUUGCGCUAGCCAGACGGCACUUGAGCCAGCCACAGUUAAGUUCCGAUAGGAUGUUUGGUACAAACAGAAAUGCUAUAAGUAUGAUACGGCCACUGAGACCUCAGGAAACAGAUCUUGAUCUUGUUGAUGGCAACGGUACGGACAUUUCAGAAAACAUGGACACUGGUUGUGACGAUGGCCUGUCUUCCUAUGACUCCCUGGAGUCCCCGUGUUCAGACGACCAGGAGACUGACUCAGCAAAGAAGGCAGGCUGCAGCAAACCCCCAACUCCUCCCCUGCACCGCUUUCCCUCUUGGGAAAGCAGAAUUUAUGCUGUAGCCAAAUCAGGUAUUCGAAUGUCUGAGGCCUUCAAUAUGGAGAAUGUUAACAAAAAUUCUGUUGCAAUGCUUUCAUAUACCUCACCAGGACUUUACACAUCUCUCAUCUACAAGAAUAUGACAACGCCUGUGUAUACGACUUUGAAGGGGAAAGCUACUCAAAUAAGCAGCAGCCCAUUUUUGGAUGACUCCUCUGGGUCAGAGGAAGAAAGUAGUUCCAGAUCCAGCUCCCGGACUUCAGAGUCGGACACACGCAGUCGGAGUGGGCCAGGCAGCCCCAGAGCCAUGAAGCGAGGUGUCUCUCUCUCUUCUGUGACUUCUGAAAGUGAUUACGCAAUUCCCCCAGAUGCUUACUCCACAGACACAGAGUACUCCCAGCCAGAGCAGAAGCUCCCUAAAACUUGCUCAUCUUCCAGUGAUAAUGGGAAAAAUGAACCACUGGAAAAAUCUGGCUAUUUAUUAAAAAUGAGUGGUAAGGUCAAGACCUGGAAACGAAGAUGGUUUGUUCUUAAAGGUGGUGAAUUACUAUACUACAAAUCUCCGAGUGAUGUAAUUAGAAAACCCCAGGGCCAUAUUGAACUUAGUGCAGCCAGCAGUAUUUUAAGAGGCGAUAACAAACAAACAGUUCAGUUGACCACUGAAAAACACACAUACUAUCUGACUGCAGAUUCUCCCAAUAUCUUGGAGGAAUGGAUGAAAGUGUUACAGAAUGUUCUUCGAGUACAAGCUGCCAACCCUCUUUUCCUGCAGCCCGAGGGUAAACCAACUGUAAAGGGAUUGCUCACUAAGGUAAAACAUGGCUACUCCAAAAGAGUCUGGUGUACACUUAUAGGAAAAACAUUGUAUUAUUUUCGUAGUCAAGAAGAUAAGUUUCCUUUAGGUCAGAUCAAACUCUGGGAGGCUAAAGUUGAAGAGGUUGACAGGUCCUGUGAUUCAGAUGAAGAUUAUGAAGCCAGUGGGCGAAGUCUCUUGUCCACACAUUAUACCAUUGUGAUCCACCCCAAAGACCAAGGUCCAACUUACCUACUAAUUGGAUCCAAGCAUGAAAAGGACACUUGGCUCUAUCAUCUGACAGUUGCUGCUGGAAGUAACAAUGUAAAUGUUGGGUCUGAAUUUGAACAACUUGUGAGCAAAUUGCUGAAUAUUGAAGGGGAACCUUCCUCUCAGAUAUGGAGACACCCAACUUUGUGUCACAGCAAAGAAGGAAUCACUUCUCCUCUGACAACACUACCUUCAGAAGCUCUGCAGACAGAAGCUAUUAAAUUAUUUAAGACCUGCCAGCUUUUUAUAAAUGCAGCAGUUGACUCCCCUGCGAUUGAUUACCACAUAUCUCUAGCCCAGAGUGCUUUGCAAGUCUGUCUGACACAUCCUGAGCUGCAGAAUGAAAUUUGCUGUCAGCUCAUUAAACAGACAAGACGGAGACAGCCACAGAAUCAACCAGGACCAUUACAGGGCUGGCAGCUCUUGGCACUCUGUGUGGGACUCUUCCUUCCCCAUCAUCCUUUCCUGUGGCUGCUCAGACUCCACCUAAAGAGGAAUGCGGAUUCCAGGACAGAAUUUGGAAAAUAUGCCAUUUACUGCCAGCGAUGUGUAGAAAGAACACAGCAAAAUGGAGAUCGAGAAGCAAGACCUUCAAGAAUGGAAAUUCUUUCAACUCUUCUCCGAAACCCUUAUCAUCACUCUUUGCCCUUCAGUAUCCCUGUGCACUUCAUGAAUGGGAUAUACCAGGUAGUUGGAUUUGAUGCAUCCACCACAGUAGAAGAAUUUUUAAAUACUUUGAACCAGGAUACAGGAAUGAGGAAGCCAGCACAUUCUGGGUUUGCAUUGUUUACAGAUGAUCCUUCUGGCAGAGAUUUAGAGCACUGUCUUCAAGGCAACAUCAAGAUUUGUGAUAUUAUUUCUAAGUGGGAACAGGCUUCCAAAGAACAGCAGCCUGGGAAAUGGGAAGGUACGAGAACUGUUCGUCUAACUUAUAAAAACAGACUAUAUUUCUCAGUGCAAGCUCGUGGAGAGACUGAUAGAGAAAAGUUGCUGUUAAUGUAUCAGACAAAUGAUCAAAUCAUUAAUGGACUUUUUCCUCUGAACAAGGACCUGGCAUUAGAAAUGGCAGCACUUUUAGCUCAGGUGGAGAUUGGAGAUUUUGAAAGACCUUUUUCAACUCCAGCAGGGCAUGUUACUAAUCAGUGCAAAGCAAAUCAAACUCUAAAACAAGUCAUAGAGAAAUUUUACCCUAAAAGAUACAGAGAUGACUCUUCUGAAGAACAGUUAAGGCAGCUUUGCCAGCGCCUGUCAACCAGAUGGAUGGCCCUUCGGGGACACAGCGCUGCUGACUGUGUGCGCAUUUACUUGACAGUAGCCAGGAAGUGGCCUUUCUUUGGUGCCAAGUUGUUUCUUGCAAAACCUGUCACUCCAACAUCAUUUGGAAGUACUUUCAUGUGGCUGGCUAUACAUGAGGAUGGUUUAAGCAUCUUAGAAUACAACUCCAUGAGGUUAAUAGUCAGCUAUGUGUACAAGAAUCUAAUGACCUUUGGCGGUUAUCAAGAUGAUUUUAUGAUAGUCAUUAACAAUACACAUUCAAAAGACAAACCAACAGAGAAAUUACUGUUUGCCAUGGCAAAACCAAAGAUUCUUGAAAUCACUCUUUUGAUCGCCAGUUACAUAAAUAACUUCCAUCAGCAAAAGGCAGCAUUUCAUCACCUCUCUGCUCCAGCACUGCUCUCAGCCCAGACGCGGGGACCCCAAGCAAGGGCAAUGGGAAGCCAACCCCUUCUGUCAGGCAACAGACCCACCAAAGGCCCCACUUUACUCUGAAGAUUCUGGAGCCUGAGCAUUCACUCCUUGUCCUAUGCAUUAGCUGUAUCAGCUCCAAAUAAGUUCACUUACAUCCUGGCAGCUUGACACCCACACACUAGUAUUCCAGACUUUAAAAAGAGUGGGGGUUACUCCCUUUUGAUUCUUAAAUAUUCAAAACAUAAACACAAAAUAUGCCCACAUGCCGAUUUUCUCUCAGAUUAAAUGGGUUAGAAGUCACCAUUUUUUCCAUUUCUUUUCUUCCUUGCCAUCAGACACAUCGUGGCUUUUUUUUAAACUUGGCAAUCUUUAGAAAGAGAGAUUCCAAACUCAUUUGGCAACCCAGCUGAUUUUAUUUGGAAAUGCUCACUGCCAAAAAAUUAAGUACUGUAAUUAAAUGUGCUUUUAAUCAAUGAUAAGGUGUUUGGGAAGGAAUAGAGUACACACAGUAUGAAACAGCUGCAGGGUAAUGUUAAGGGGCGAAUUUUUAGAGCAAGUGCAAUAAAUCUUCUGGCCCUGUGAAUCACUGAGUGAGAAAACAGGAGUUAGGGAAACAGACCCUCCUAUGUAGUACUAAAAUGUAUACCCUCUUCAGAUCACUGAAGUGUACAAUUUAAAAUGAAACAGUGAUUCCUGACAUUCCUUGGCUGUCAACAUAGCCUGAGUUUACUGGAACAUUACCCACAUUUCAUUGCAUUUGGUGCUGGGUCAUCUUGACUUUGCCUUGGUAGGUAAUAGUAUCCUUGAAAACAAAAUUUUUUAAAGUUUUGCCUCGACAGUCCUUUUUAAAUAUACCUUGAAAAUAAAUUCCCAGUAAUGUUUUUAAAAGAGAAGAGAAAGUACUUUUUCUGUAAAAGGAGGUAAAAUUUUAGUCAAAAAAGGUCUAAAAAAGUAUUGCUUCACUGGGUUGAUAAAUAGUAGAUUCCAGUAUGUGUCAACACAAAAUAAUUAAUAUUCGUGAUAAAAAUGAAACUGUGAUAAGACAUGAAAAUUAUAUUAUAAAAAUGUUUAAUUACAAUAGUAAUCAUGAGUAUACCUUAUUUAUGUGUGGAAUAUUUGUAUUUAUUUUUUGGAUAUAUAUUUAUCACUUUGUAUAUGGUAUUUUUUAACCAAUUUGGAAAAACAUUAGCUGCUGAGUUAAUAUGUCAGCCAAGCCUUCAUGUUUUCUUCUUUGCUGCUUUCUCCUAUGAAAAUGUACUGUUCUCACACGAAGCCUUUUUAAAAUGUUCUAUCCCUUCUCCUUAAAAUGAGCAGAGUCUGGAAACAGAUUGCUCAAAUAAGAUUUUGCUUUAUUGAUGGUGACAAAAAGAAGGUCAAAACCCCAUCAAUCUCCAUUUACAAUGUCCCCUAAAUCUUUGAGCCACAAGCACUCACUAAGAAAAUUCACUUUUCAGUAUAUACCGGUUACCAGUUGGGGAUGACUUUUUAAAGCCUUUUGGUUCAGAUACAGUAAGAGUUUCUAAGUUCCCAGAAAACCAUUUAAUAAUCAUUAGUUGCUGAGCCAGAGACUUGGCAAAACUGUUACAUAUGUGUGAGGACUUUUUUCUCAGGCAAUAAUUAGUUUACCAUCUGGUAAGCUUCCCCCAAAUCUUCUAAUUUAAGCAAGUAGUGGAGGCUUAGCUUAAACAGUCGUACCUUAGACUUGGCAUUUAUUUUUGAUAGAACAAAGAUAAAAUAUUUUGAUGGAAAGAAAUCAAUUUUCUAUAACUGAUGAUGUGAAAACUAUUUUCUGGGAAAUUACUUCUAUAGCCAUUUAAAAAAUUCAAAGUAUAUUAUUAUGAUUGGUUGUAAGAGAAUAAUGUUACAUGUUUAAUUGUAAUAUUUGUCUCCUAUCAUUUUCUUUCC